ACCAGCGCACUGUCACAGUCCACGCUCGUCCUUUGGACUGCCAAGUCGCGUUCUCGUCGUUCGCUCGCUCGCUCGCUCGCUGGUGGAUGUGGAUGUGGUUGUGGUUCGACAGUGAACCGUGCUCCAACGGAAGUCCAGCUAGCCAGUUAGCCAGUUCAUAGUGUUUCCCGAAUUCGACAAUCAAAGAAACUCUUCGUGAUAACAGAGAAAAAGUUGCCAUUUCCAUAUCCGUAUCCGGUUGCGGUUGCAGUUCGAAGUUCAGGUCUGAACUUGAUGCCGUGCGGCUGGCUGUCAACUGUUGCUGCAGUGUCUGAGCCGAGUGCCGUCGUUCAUAUGCUGCACCUGCUGCUGACUGGAGACAAGACGUGGGAGUCCGAGAAGGCAAUGUAAGCAUUCCAAGAGCCACUGACGACAGCACAUUACGGAGGAAUUACUUGAAAUUUCCAUCGAGAGUACAAAGGAUCUUGGUGGGAGGAGUGCGGAGAGGGGACUGAAGAGUGGCGUGGGGAGAGGAGAGUGGAGAGUGGAGAGAGUGGACCAGAGCAGACACAAUGCGCUCGCUUAACAAGUCGGCGGGCCUUCAGGGCGGAGAGGACGAGCUGGGCAAUGCAACGGACUCCAUUUACACCAUCAAAUCAAAAUGGAUCACCGACUGGGGUCUGAAUAAGGAACGCGAGAAGCUGUGCAGCCUCCUGUUCAAGCGGGUCCUGGACCAUGCGGAGUGCAAGCGCCUCCUGGAGGCUACCAAGAUCUACGGCGAUAGCAUCGACUUCAGCUCGUGGUCGGCCAACGAGCAGCUGCAAUGGUAUCGCAACUUCGAUGUCAACGACACAAACACUCUGGGCCUAAAGAACCACUCGGCGGGGAGUGGAACCUCCACGGACACGGACUUGAGUUCGGACAAUGUGCUGGUGCCAGUGCUGCCGCCGUUUGCCCUCUGGCAGACGAUCUUCAUUGCCAUCUGUCUGGCUAUUUGCAUCAUUCUCACUGUGGGUGGCAACAUCCUCGUCCUGCUGGCCUUCAUCGUGGACAGGAAUAUCCGACAGCCGAGCAACUACUUCAUUGCCUCGCUAGCCGCCACGGAUAUGCUGAUAGGAACCGUUUCGAUGCCCUUCUACACGAUCUAUGUGCUGAAGGGCUACUGGGACCUGGGGCCAGUGCUGUGCGAUCUGUGGCUGUCGGUGGACUACACGGUGUGUCUGGUGUCCCAGUACACAGUGCUGCUGAUCACCAUCGAUCGGUACUGCUCGGUGAAGAUAGCGGCCAAGUACCGCAGCUGGCGGACGAGGACUCGUGUGAUCUAUAUGGUAACCAUCACAUGGAUUAUCCCGGCGCUGCUGUUCUUCAUCUCGAUCUUUGGUUGGGAGCACUUUACGGGUAAGCGCGACCUGUUGCCGGGCCAGUGCGCGGUGCAGUUCCUCAAGGAUCCCAUCUUCAACACGGCCCUGAUCAUUGGCUACUACUGGACCACUCUGAUUGUGCUCUUCGUCCUGUACGCGGGCAUCUACAAGACGGCGUACGACAUGCAGAAGCGCAGCGAGGCCAAGCAGCGGAAGAUGCAGUCCAUGGUGGCGCUCAGUGCCGGGGCCAUGUCCGGAAUGGCUGGACAUGCGGCCGGCAUCGGAGUCAUCGAGGAGAAGAUACUGAAGACGAAGGUGGAGCUGGCCGGCGGUCAGACGGAUCUGGACAGCGCCAGUGCCGCCUGUACGACGGUCAUCAAGCGCCUGAGCGGCUCGGGCCAGGCCAACCCGCUGGCCCAGGCCGCCGAGGAGGUGGAAAAUAUGACCCCAGAGCAGCGUCGCGCAUCGGCGGCCAAGAUCGAGGAGGCGCGCAAGCGCGAUGCCGUGGAGGCGGAGAAGAGCGAACGGUCCAGCAGCCCGGCCUUCGACUCGGACGAGGAGUCAUCGGUGAACCAGGCCCAGCAGCUGAUCACCCAGCAGAAGCUGAGCAACAUGCGCAAGCGCUCCUCCAUCGGGCUGGUGUUCGGUGCCCAGGCCGCGCUACUGGCCACCCGGGGCAAAGGUAACUUGCAAAAGAGCACCACCAACUCCAAGUCCAUCGAGGCCAUGCACUCCAUGGGCGGGCGAUCGCCAUCGCAUCACCACCAUCACUAUAACCACCCGACACACCAAACGAGUCUGCAGCGGGCCCAGAGCAAGGAAGAGGUGGGCAUUGCUCGCCAUCAGCAGCACCAGCAGCACCACAGCCAGAACCCGAACCAGAACCAGAACCAGUUCCAGAACCAACACCACCAACUGGACCGACCCAAGCGCACCUCCUGCUCCACUCUGUCCCAGAUAGCGGAGCAUGAUCGCCUCAUUGACUUCCAGGCUUCCCCCGCUCAGUUCACCAACGAUCCCCUGUCGCCCGUCGACCUGGCCCCCAUCGAGGUGCCCAGCGAGGAGGUGCAUCAGGGACUCGUGCAGGCCAUCUUGCCGCCGCCCGAUGCCUUCCAGUGUCCCACUCCCUUGUCUGAUGACUACUCGGAUCGUCCGUUCGGCAACAGCUCGGGGAACAGCGAGCUGGCCAUGACCUAUGACCUCAUGACCAACAACUCCGAGCUGCGAUACAUGGACGAGAGCUCCGCCAUGCUGGCCACCAUCACCAACAACACCUCCCCCAAUGACACCACCAUCAGCUGCUCCGCGAGACCAACGAAUCCCGCCCUCCCACCACCGCCACCCGCACGCAAGUAUCUCCCAAAGGCUGACACCUCAAGCCAAAGCCAGAACCAGAACAAAAACCAGAACAAAAACCAGAGUCCCAGCCAAAGCCAAAGCCAAAGCCUCAGCCUAAGCCUGAACCACAGCCAGAAUCAAAGUCAGAACCAGAGUGAAAGUCAGGAGGCAGUUGCCAUUGAAAAACGUCUUCUCGUCUCGUACACAGGCAUCGAAGACUUUGCAAAGGUGCGGCGGGAGAGCUGCAUCGAGGCCAUCUGCCUGCUGGACGUGCCCAGUGGCAAGCUGCUGGCCGACUGUCCGCAUCGGAGGGCCUCCAGUCCCAUGGAGACGAGCAGCAAGGACGCCAUUCUGUACUCGCCCAUGCCUCCGGUCUCACCCAAGGUGAAGGCCCAGCAGGCGCUGGCGACACCAACUCAGGCAGCGGUCCCUCCUCCUGCCCUGGAGCGAAUCGAGGAGCGUGAGACCUCGGACAGUAACACCAACAAGAUGCCCUCCACCUCGGGCACCACCAGCAGCUCUGGAGGCGGUGGAUUGGCGGGCGGCAGCAGACGAGAUCGGGAGGAGGAGACGCAACAGAAGAGCGACGGCAUCUCGAAUCGCGGCUCCAGCAAGCGGGCCUUCAUCCACUCGAUUGGCAAGCACUUCAAGAGCAAGAAGGCCCUGCCCUUGGCGCUGGGUGGAGGCGGCAGACAGAAGUCCAAGUCCGAGAAUCGUGCCCGCAAAGCGUUCCGCACGAUCUCGUUCAUUUUGGGCUGUUUUGUGGCCUGCUGGACGCCCUACCAUGUGUUGGCACUGGUCGAGGGAUUCUGCCGGAAUCCGCCGUGCACCAACGAGCACCUGUACAUGUUCUCGUACUUCCUGUGCUAUGCCAACAGUCCGAUGAACCCCUUCUGCUACGCCCUGGCCAACCAGCAGUUCAAGAAGACCUUUACACGCAUCCUCAAGGGGGAUCUGCACAUGACCUAAGCUGGGAUAGUCCCCCGUUCAAUAAUAUGGUGAGUCCACAGUAUAUAUUCCCAGGAUCCGUUUAGCAUUGCACUUCCUGUAAAUACAAACAUAAACACGGCACAAAGCUCUCGUGAGCCCCGAGAGUUUUGAGCCCAAACCGAAACCCAAAACACAAGAACCUCCGUAGACCUUUAAGCUCGAAUACUUUUAUUGGAAGUGCUCCGCUAAACCGAAGUUCCGUGGAUCCAAUCAGACUGUGAACACACGAAAAUGAGUAGAAAUAUUAGCAAGGAAAACACUAAUUGAAUUCUAAAUUUAAACGGUGUUUUAGAAAUGUGGAAGGAGAAGGAGAAAGCAAAGUUAUCUGUAAGUAGCCAAAGGUGUGUGCUAGUUAGAAUUGGGGGCAGAUAUUUUGGGGGAAAAGGUAUAGAUCUAGGUGUAGAGUGGCACUAAGCUCGGGGCGAAAUGUUUUAGACAAUAAAUAUUUUAAUGCUAAACCAUACCAUAUAGAACUACAAUAUACAAAAAUAUCUAUAAAUAAAUAUUAAUAAUAAUAAUA